UUACCGAAACUCGAAACAAACCAACAGCCGUCCAUUCUUCGGCAGCCCAUUGCAGUGGACAACCUCCUGUCUACUGCUAUAAAAUCCCGACCGGUUUGCGAAUUGUGUUGUUUCUGUGCUCGGAUACACCCUUCCAGAACCUCACAAUGUCUUUGGACGAGCAAUUCAACAAGGCCGCCGAACAGGUGAAGGAAUUGACGGAGCGACCCUCGGACGAGGAGCUGCUCGAGCUGUACGGACUCUUCAAGCAGGCCAACUUCGGCGACAACACCACCAGUCAGCCGGGCAUGUUCGACCCCAAGGGACGGGCCAAGUGGGCCUUCUGGAACAAGAAGAAAGGUUUGACCCAGGAUGCGGCGAAGGAGGAGUACAUCAAGUAUGUCAAGACGCUCAUGGAAAAGCACAAGAAGUAGCACGGACACGUUGGAGUGGGCGAGAGGGAACUAUAUAUAUAUAUAUAUUGUAUCUGUUAUAAGCGCACUUUACCUUUUACGUAUUAUAUUUCGUGGUUGGAACGCCCACAUUUACGUCGAAACCAAGCUGACAAGUUUGUUGUUUGUUUGUUUUUACACGAAAGAGGAAUGCUUACAUAUCCUCGUGAACCCCUUGUGUGAUAUGUUCACCUAGCUUUAAUCCAUUCAGUCGGAUUAUUGCUAACCCGUCAAGGCAAUAACAAGGG